AUGCCGGAGCAGCGGUCGUCGGCACCGCACAGGAUGGCUCGUGACAGCGAGCGCUAUUACUCGACCAAGCAUGUGAGACGCUACGACGUCGACGACGAGCACGUCCCAUGGGCACGGCCCUUUCCUGGCUACGCUCCAGUCGGCUCCGGCUUUGAGCUCGCAGCAGGUCGUCGCGCAGGCCUCAAUCUCAAUCCUGCAAAGGGCCUCAAUGAGCAGCAGAUCCGCGCAGCAGGCCUCAAUCCUGGAGGCCGCACUGGGCUGACGGGUGGCUGGGACAAGUUCACCGUCGCAGGGGCGAACUACGUGGUCGAUCCCAUCAUCACCCGAUUCCAGCCGGGGUCGGGCCAGCUUCGGCUCCAGCUGCUCGCGGUGCUGCGGUUCGACUGCGAGGAGUGGGCCAUACCGGGCGCGAUGCUGAGGGCUUUGCCGGGCGGCGGAGGCUGGGAGCGCGACAUCGACGCGAUGGAGCGUGGGCUUCGCCAGAAGGGCGUCGACAUCGUCAAUCUCGCAGAAGGCGGCACUGCGGAGCCGGUCUUUCGUGGCUACGUCGACGACGCCCGCAACACCGACGACGCGUGGAUCGAGACAACUGUGCGACAUUACCACCUGGACGACUUUGGGCAGGGCGAGAUCAAAAGCCCGGGCGUGAAGUGGGUGGACAUAUCGCCUGAGGUGCCAAUCUACCAGCCGCACUGCGCCUACGUGUACCACGUCGCCGACGAGAUGCUCAAGGUGCCGCAAAUCGAGCGGCAGAUGCGCGGCCUGUCCUUGAAGUUUGUAUUCCGGCCCGUGCCGGCGCUCUGGAGCGACCCCGAGACGCUGCAGCUCAUUGGCACGACCUCCGACCGCAUCUCGGGGAGCGAUGUGUCCCGCACCGUCGUCAAUACGGCCGAGAUUUUCAGCGUCUACGCUAUCGACCUCCGGCUGAGCUCACUCCAGCUCCGCGACGGAGUUCGCAAGCUGUUAUCCUCCAGUGGGAAUAGCCAGCAGUGGGUGCGAUGCCGAUGCGCGCGCUUUGCGCCCAUCACGGUCGGGUGGGAGCUACGCGCACGCUUCAACAUCCCGCAGCAUGCGACGCACCAAGCAUUUCUGUACGGUGUCCUCGACGCUCGCGAGUUCGACGCGGUGGGCGAACAGCGCGACGGUGUGUGCGACCCAUUCGAGGGACUGCUGGUGUCGGGCGGCUUUGUGUAUGCCGACUGUGACGGCAGCCGCGCCAAAGUGCUGCGCGUGACCUACGUCAGCCUUCCGACAAACGACCUCUACUCGAAGAAUCACACGGUCGAGUUCACGGGUCCGCACCGCAUGAUCAAGCCCGCUCGCGAGGUCCAUCGGGUCCGGGGGCAAUGGCGGGACGUCACGCUCUCCUUCCUCCUCGGGGUUGGCGCAGAGUCCUUCCUUUGGCUCAACCCGGGGGAGGAGGCGGGCGAGCACCCAAUCAAGUUUGGCGCGUUCGCUUACUCCUCCUCGCCCAGCGGGCAGGGCGAGGCCGUCUACUUUUACCUCAAGGUGGCGGACGACAUGCGCCUCGCCAAGGCCGCAUCCGUCCUCGAUGAGGAACAAACGGCGUACCUGAGGGGCGUCGGCGUCGAGGCGCCUGUCGAGGUGGCGCGCAAGCCCGACCACAGCGGCAAGGACGGGCAGCGCUGUGCGGCACAGGAUGCCGCCGAUCGCAAUUGGCUUGCGCUGCACGACGCCGUCGCCAUGGGAGACGCUGACCUCGUCGACUCGCUCCUCCGCGACGAGCGGCUGCUGCCCGAGGAGCUGGUCGAGUUCCAGCUCACCCGCCGGCAGCUGUCACGCGGCCACGACGCCGCUCCCCGCGGCCGCGACGCUCCCCGCGGCCGCGACUCCCCGGCGAUGCUGCACCGGGUGGACGUGCCUGCCUCCGGCAGCGUGCUCACGCCGCUGCAGGUCGCGGCGACGCAUGGGUACAGUGAGGUCGUGCGCGUGCUGCUCCGGCGGGGCGCCUCGCCGACAUUCCAAACCGACAACGGCGCGACGGCCAUCGACCUCGCCCUCCGCGACGACGAGCUCUCGGCAGAGCAGCUGCUUGGGAAGCUCAACUCGGCCAUUGAGCUGCUGCCGGCCUUGUUUCGCGUGUCGGCCGGCGAGGCGCUCUGCUAUGUCGCCGAGGUUUCAAGGCGUGCGACGGCGGCGGCGGCGAUGCAGAAACGGACCCGCCCUGCGGCGGCGGCCGACCUCACGGCGGCGUCUGAGCGAGCACAGAACCAUGGCAACUUGCUUUUCAGCCGCCUGUCGAUCCUGCAGCAGAUGCACCUGCUCGAGAGCGAGGGAAGCCGCGCCAGGACAGUGCCACACGCGAGUGGACAGGCCGGGAUGGUGGAGCGGCCUCGAAACUUCCUCGCCCGCGCCGUCGGAGUCCCUUGCAAGACAUUGCUGGCUGACCCAACUGUGCAGAGCGCGAUCGAACGCCGCUGGAUGGGUGAGCUGUCGCACUCUGUCGUCUCUGGCUACGUCGUCACACCCAACGGCGUCGAGCAAAAGCUUCGCCGUCCGCUGUCGCGCGCGCUGCUGCUUGUUGUGGCCGUGGGGCUCAACUUGCUGGUGCUGCCGUUCGUGGCGCUCGUGCCGCCCCUGCGCUCCGUCCUGCUGCAGAGCCUUCACCUCGGUUUCAGACUGGCAUCCACGCACCGCACGCCGCACAGCGAGGACUUCAAGCGCAAGUGGAACCCGUCUGCGCAGCUCUAUACCGACUCGCUCUACCUGCUGGACGUCCCAGUCUUCCGGUUCGUGCUGUCGUCAAUCAGCUGGGCGCUGCUCGCGCUCUGGAUGACCCUCGUGCCGACGCCGACCCUCGCCAUCGCCGUCGACGAUAUCUGGGGAGGGGUGUCGACUCUCGUAUCGCAAGGGGCGUCGGGCGCCCUGCCCGCCCUCGAGCAGGUCACGGAGGGUGCGUGGUCAGGACUGACCUCGCUGCUGCUUCUCGGCUGGCUGUUUGCACAUCUGCUCGAGCAGGAGGUCUCUGCCUUCUUCUCGUGCGGCGACUUCAUCAAGCAGGUGGAGCUGGUCUCGGUCAGCCUUGCAAUCAGCGCCAAGCUGAUGCCUCCCCUCCCGUGGGGCCACCAGACCCUUGCGUUCGGGCUGCUCCUCAUGUGGACCUCGUGGUUCCUGCGCGUCUUUAGCGUCUUGGGCAUGGGGCCGCAGGUCGUGAUGCUGCGGAAGAUGAUAAAGGACACGCUCCAGUUUCUAGUCCUUAUGGCUGGGUGCGCCGCCGCCUUUGCCGCUGCGCUGUACACGCUCUUCCGCAGCACCGCGCUGGACGGGGGCGAGGAGUGCGGGCCCCUGGAGGACCUAUCGCAGUCGCUGCCCGUCGCGCUGUACCGGCUGCUGCUGAUCUCGCUCGACCCGGGCUCAAGCAUCGAGUGUGCGGGCGCGGUCGCCGAGACGCUCGAGUCGGGCACGGUGUAUGACUUCCGCGUCGCCGCGCCCUUCAUCAUGAGCGUCUACGUGGUGCUGUCGGUGGUGCUGCUGCUCAACAUGCUCAUCGCAAUCAUGGCCAAGACAUUCGACGUCGUGUGGGACGACGCCGAGAACGAAAACAGCUUUGUCAAGGCGCAGCUUGCUCUGGGCUACUUCUUUGACGACGACGCGUGGCCGCCGCCGCCCUUCAACCUGCUCCGUCUCCCAGCGGUGUGCGGGGCGACAGUUCUCCGUCUCCUGUCGCCGGCAGAGCUGAGCGAGCGGCUGAAGGAGGCCUGCGCUCUCCUGCUGUGCAGCUUCAAAGCGGCUGCCAACGCCAGCCGCGACGCAUGCAGCUGGCUCGCCUGGCUGGCAGUCCUGCUGGGAAGGAUCUGUCGUGAGAUACUCGACUGCACUUUCGAAUCGCGGUACAAGACCUUCGACGAUGAAGCCGACAGUGGGCCGCCCCAAGACCGCGACCGCGACCGCGACCUUAACCCGUCGGACGUUUGCUACGUCGACGAGCGUGGAAAACUGUGGUCCGAGGACAACAGCAUUCAACAGCUUCAGGAGAAGCUGCUGCUUCGAGACGACGAGAAGAUCAGCGCCGAGGCCCGUAGCGUCGUCGAGGAGCUGCGCAAGGAGAUCGAGACGCUUCGGAAAAGGAAGGCGGCUGCAGAGGACACAAUCGACGAACACGCCCCUGCGACCGUCGAAUCGGACACGAAGAAGGCACCGCCGGACUUACCCCGUCUAGCGAAGACGCGGAUGCGGUGA